AUGUCGGUAUCGUAUAUCAAGUCUUUGGUGUUUGGAGGCAGCAGCCCAGAUAUCAGCGCAGAGACCUCAGCAUCCCGAUCCUCCGAGUGCCAAUCGGUUCCAGAGCCGGACACUUCUGACACCUUGACGCUCCCAGACGGUCGAAAGAUCGGCUACGCGCAGUUCGGACUGGCGACCGGAAAACCCGUCUUCUACUGCCAUGGCCUACCCGGCUCUCGUGUCGAGGCCGGCCACCUCCACAAGGCCGCCAUGGAUGUCGGCGCUCGCAUCAUCGCGACAGAUCGCCCGGGGAUGGGGUUGAGCACGUUUCAGCACGGACGGACACUUCUCGAUCAUCCAAAGGACCUGGAGCAGCUUGCUGAGCAUCUUCGGCUGCCAGAAUACGCCGUGAUGGGCGUGUCAGGCGGCGGUCCGUAUGCACUUGCGUGUGCGGCCUCGAUGCCUCGUGAGAAGCUCAAGUGCGUGUCAAUCGUGUGUGGUAUCGGACCGCCUGACAUCGGCAUGGCCGGAGCCGGCUGGUUCCACUGGCUUGGGUUCACAUACGGGUGGCGCUAUGCCCCACGCCUCGCGGGGUGGUUUUUCCACCGGCAGGGGCGCUUCCAUCUGUCCGACGAGGAGCGGCUUGAGCUGCAGCUGCAGGAGGCGGAAAAGAACAAGGCGACGUUCCCACGCCAGGAGAACGGGAUCUGGGACGACAGGGAGAUUGUCGGGCGCAUGGUCAUGACAAGCCGGCAGUACUACGCCCAGGGGAUUGACGGCGUGAGCCACGACGGCUACUUGGAUGGCACGGAGUUUGGUUUCCGCAUAGAGGAUAUUCGCUCCGACCUCCCUGUGCGGCUGUGGUACGGGAAGGACGACACGUUCGUCCCUGCGAACCACGGCAGGCAGAUUGCCAGGCGUCUGGGGACCAACGCCCAUCUCAGAGUAGAGGAUGACACGCACGCAAGUAUCUUCUUCAGGUGGAGGAAGGAGGUGCUGGCGGACCUGGUGAGUAACAUGUAG